GAGAUUGUAAGAAAGCAGCAACAUCCCCUCCCAUAGUCUGUAAAUAAAUGAAAGCUGCCUCCUUCAAAUUCGGUCGCUUAAUGAGUGUAGCUAUUCCCUGGUUAGGGGAACACUAUGCCCAGUUCAAAAACAGGCUUCGUGCAUUUUAAAACAAAAGAGACGGGGAAAUUUUCGGGGGAAAAUACUCCGCUGUUUCUGCGGGUUCAGCAUAUGACUUAUGCCCGCGGGCAGGGAGUGUUUGCACAGGCUGCGUAUGUGCGCAUUGGAGGCGGGCCGGGCCGGGAAGUGAUCAAGACAAGCUGGGGGUUUGGUUUCAAGUUGGGUGAUUUUAUGAGAUAGAAAUUGCAGACAAAAGGUGUUUGGUUUUUUUUUUUUUUUGAAUGUUGUACUUAUCUACCCGUGCAGCGGCCGGACUUCGAGUUUUCCUCCGCAGUUUCGUGUGACCGGAUUGUCUACGAGAGAGAGAGAGAGUGAGAGACAGAGCAAAAGUGUUGCGAAGACUUUUCCCUGAAGCCUCCGAAGAAAGAAAAUCUAACCGGAAACUUAAAAGAGUAAUUUUAACGCUUUUGUUUUGGCGCGGGGCAGACGAGCGGAGAGGGAAAUUGCUGUUGGGUAUUUUCCACUCGGGAUUUUGUCUUUCUUUUUGCACCACGCAAGUUCUUAUUUAAAGAUCGAAACUUAUUGCCCUUCCCUUAAACAAAAAAACAAAAACAAAAAACCACUGUACGGCUGCAUGAGAAGGGACAGGCGCUUAAUUUAGAGCUGGCUGUUUUACACACCCUACCCGAGAUAAGCUUGAUGAAAUGCAGCAAAAACAAGGAAUGGCUCCUCCUCUCAGAACUUGGUUGUGACCACGAUUUCCAGCAGGCCCGGACCCCGUGGCAAAGUUUGGUUCUUCAGCAGAGAAAGCCCUGACUUCUUUGACGGUUGGUUGAAAGACCAUUUAGUUUAAGGAAUUGACGCUUAAAGCCCCUUUUAAUUACUCUCCUUUCGAAAGAAAACCCCAGACUAUUAAAAAGGAAAAUGAGGAAACUUUUGAAGUGCUGGACAUGCUUGCCUUUCAUCCUUUGCACUAUCCCAACUAAUCGUGGGUCAACUCAGAAUAUCUGUAAAAUCACAGAUAAAAUGGCAGACUGUAGUCAUUUAAAGCUUUCUCAAAUUCCCUCCAAUCUCCCAGCUGAUACAACAUCAUUGGAUAUUUCACACAACCAGCUGAGAACACUGCUGCCUAAAAACCUUACAAAGUACAAUCAGCUUGUUUAUUUAAAUGUGGGAUUCAAUUCCAUCUCUAAACUAGAGAUACACUUGUGCCUCAGUUUACCUUUGUUAGAGGUAUUGAGGCUGGAGCACAAUCAGUUGCGCACAUUACAUGAAGAAGUUUUUACUUCCUGUACCAAUCUGAGAGAGCUUAAUUUGGGAUUCAACAUUCUGAAUACAAAAAAUGAUCCUUUCAAAAAUCUGAAGAACUUGGUAUUCCUGGAUGUUUCUCAUAAUCACCUCAGUUCUACAAAAUUAGGGUCUCAGCAGCAAUUUGAGAAUCUACAAGAGCUUGUGAUGUCUCAAAACCAAAUUACAGAAUUAAAUAAAGAAGAUCUAUACUUUCUUGGUAACUCUUCAUUAAAAAGAUUGGACCUUUCAUCAAACCCCAUAAAAGAGUUUCAACCAGGCUGCUUCCAUGCUAUUAAAAACAUAUAUGGCCUUGAUCUGAACAACGUACCAUUGGGACCUGAUGGCACAGAGAAACUUUGUUUGGAAUUAACUGGUACAAAAAUACAAAACCUUUCAAUGAGCAAAGUGCAACUUUCACGGAUUUCCAAUUUGACCUUCAGUGGAAUGAGUAAAACAAACCUUAGCAUUUUAAACCUAUCAAAUAAUUAUUUGUCUGUUAUUGAAAAUGCCUCAUUCAUAUAUUUUUCAAAUUUAAAAGAACUAAAUCUAAUGAAUAACAAUAUUACAAAGCUGUUUUCUCAUUCUUUUUAUGGGCUUCACAAUCUGAACUAUCUGAACUUGGAAAAUUCACAUGUCAGAAUAAUUAAUUUGGCAUUCCAGUGGCUAGCUCACUUGAAUUACCUUAUUAUGGACGGUAAUAGAUUUCUAGAGAUUACUCCUCAUACAUUUACAGGUUUAGAAAAUUUGAAAAACCUGAGUUUAUGUCAGUGCAAUAUAAAUUUAAUAACAAAUAUGACAUUUGCUUCACUUGCAAAUUCUUCCCUGCAGUUUCUCAAUCUAACAAAAGCUGGAAUCAUUUACAUCAAGCCCAAAGCUUUUUCUUGGUUAAGGCAACUAAAAAUGCUUGAUUUAGGUUUAAAUAACAUUAAGCAAAAACUUACAGGUCAGGAAUUUCAAGGUCUCAGUAAUAUCGAGACUCUUUAUCUUUCAUAUAACUAUCAGUUGAAUUUGACAAGUGAAUCAUUCACUCUUAUUCCAAGCCUUCGAAAACUCAGAAUGAGAAAGGUACGUUGCAGUAAUCUUGCAAUCACCCCAUCACCAUUUCGUAAAUUAAAGAAUUUGACAAUCCUGGAUAUGGGUAACAACAAUAUUGCUAACAUAAAGGAUGAUAUAUUUGAUGGACUGCAUCAGCUUGAAAUUCUUGACCUGCAGCACAAUAAUCUGGCUCGACUUUGGAAACACACCAACCCAGAUGGUCCUGUUCUCUUUCUCAAAAAUCUUCACAACCUCCGUCUACUGGAUUUAGAAUCAAAUGGCUUUGAUGAGAUUCCCCACAAAGCUUUCUAUGGCUUAUCUUUAUUGAGAAGCUUGAAUUUAGAUUCCAAUCUCUUAAAUCUGCUUCCCAAGUUUGUUUUUGAUGAUCUGACAUCUCUGAGUUUUCUCUCCCUCCAGAAGAAUAUGAUCACAGCUAUUGAUGAAAACGUGUUUGGUGCUGUUUUCAAACAUCUAAAAGUAUUAAAUAUGGCUUCAAAUCCAUUUGACUGUACUUGUGACAGUAUAGCUUGGUUUGUUAAUUGGCUCAAAAGCAACAAAACAUAUAUAUCAAAUUUAAACAAUUAUCAAUGCAACACUCCACCCAAAUAUCACUCUAAUUCAGUAGCACAAUUUGAUACUUCUAUAUGUGAUAAUGCCCCCUUUAAGCUGGUAUUCAUUUUGUGUAGUACUAUUGUAUUAUUGCUCAUCUUUAUAGUUCUGCUUGUUCACUUUGAAGGAUGGAGAAUUAAAUUUAUGUAUACUGUGGCUGUAAACAGAGUAUUGGGCAUCAAAGAAAUAGACAGACAAGAACAGCAAUUUGAAUAUGAUGCCUACAUCAUUCAUGCCAAGAAGGACAUGAACUGGGUAUCUAAGAACUUUAUUACCCUUGAAGAAAAAAAUCAACCAGCCAUUCGAUUCUGUUUAGAAGAACGAGAUUUUGAAGCUGGAAUAUCUGAAUUUGAAGCCAUUAUCAAUAGCAUACAGAGAAGUAGAAAGAUCAUAUUUAUUGUAACUAAACAUCUCUUAAACGAUCCCUGGUGUAAAAGGUUCAAAGUGUAUCAUGCUAUACAGCAAGCCAUUGAACAAAGUCGGGAUUCUAUUAUACUAAUUUUUCGACAUGAUAUUCCUGAUUACAAGUUAAAGAAUGCACUUUGUUUACGAAGAGCAAUGUUCAAAUCUCAUUGUAUCUUGGAGUGGCCUGUGCAGAAAGAACGUCUGGAUGCAUUUUACCAACAACUGAAAUCAGCGCUUCAGUCCAAUAGAGAGUGUUGUAUCCAAACAUACGAAAUGAAUGAGUGGCAUUCAGGAGCAUCAAAUGUUUGCUAUAAAAGACAAUGAAAGUAUUUUAGAGGUGAGACCAAAAAGUAGGCUCCGUACUGAAUAAAAAUGUAAGUUGAUUUUAAAUCCAGAACUAAUCUCUCCUCUUCCGUGUGGUCCAUGUUAAAGAUUGUCCACAAUCGGCUUUUACUGCUUAUUCACAGCUGCCUCACUCCUCUGUCUUCAGUGUAUGCCAGCCUUUGCCUUAGCCACAUAGUCUGACCUGGGUACCAUCCUGCCCACUGGUCUUCACAUGAUCUUCCUCUUCCUAUUCUCUAGCCACAGUGGGAAGCUGCCAACUUGCCCUUUUCUGACUGCUCAAAACCAGCUGGUCUAUACACAGUUCACACAUAGAACAAUUUGCACAUUCCCAAUACUUCAGUCUCUCCACUUUCUUACCCAGAAAUAGGAGCCACAAAGUAAGUUAAGCCUUUGUUGAUGCUGCAUAAUCUUACUGGAAAAAAAGAAAUGUAAAAAGAGUACAAUUCCAAUACCUUACGCACUAGAAAAGAGAGCUUGGUGAAAAUACAACUGAUACAGCAGUGUCUAGGGCUAACUAGUUUAAGUAAAAGAUGAUAAUACUUGCUAGUAGGAAAGAAGAAAAUGUUCCUUGCCUGAAUUGUUCCAUCUUCUUUUGAGUAGCCAGAGCUGGAAAAAACCAUAUAUUUUAGGUAUUUUGGUCAUUAAAAUGGGUCUGUUUUGUUCCAGAUAUGGGUUGUUUCUGCUGAGGCAAAUAAGUGGGGGAAAAGGUAGCAGGUUUUCCAACUUAUGCCAAAUCUGAAUUCUUUUUUUAAAGUUAAAGAUUUGUAUUAAAUUAAUAACAUGGGGUAACGUCAGUAUACUUGGGUGAUUGUUUAUAAAAUUAUAUACUGAGAGUAAUGGCAAACUAAUACUAAGUUAUUGCUCAGCAACAAGUUGUAGAACUUGAAUGGUGAUAAUGAUAAUGAUAAUCAAGGGCAUUAAGUUAAAACUGGUUUAAAGUAUUUGCUUUGAAGAGUUACUAUAUGAUAAGAUUUUAAUUAAUCAUUUAGUGCCUAUAUUUUUAGAAAAAAAUAAUAAUAGAGUGCGGUAUAGUGAAAUAUAUAUUAAAAACCAGUACUUUGCAUAUCCUAGUAAGUUAUUUCAAACUUACUAUUUACAGAUAGUCAACUGAAUGUACAUUAGCCAUAUCUGUGAUUUAAAAAUAUGUUUACUUGUGUCCUUCCUUGAGACAUAUGCGAUGGGAUCUAACGGGAUGUGUGACCUGACUACACCUCUUAUGGAUAGAUUGCUCUCUACAAGACAUAUGAUUCCAAUUAAUUUAUCACUGUAUUUGAAUUUAUGUUCUCAGAUGUAACUGGUGACCCAAACUGGUCCUUCUAUGAACACAGGAUUCUUUUCAUUCAUGAGAUGAGCUAGGAUCCAUAACUGUUACAUG